AUGCAGACGGCGAAAGUGAAGGCGAAGGACAUGGUGAGCUCGGCAAAGGAGAAGGUGAAGGAGGGGGCAGCGGAGGUGCAGGGAAAGACGGGCAUGGCAGCGUCGAGCACGCACGGCGAGAAGGAGAUGGCCAGGGAGGAGGAGCGGGCACACAAGGCCCAGGCCAAAGCUCAGAAGCACCAGGAGAAGGCCGAACACCGCACAGACGCCGCCCCGGGACGCCACGGCACGCGCGUGCCCAUCACGGCCGGGACGCAUGGUCACCACGGCCCCGUCGGCGCGCCCGUCGACCCGGCGUAUCCGGGCACCGGCACCAACCCGGCGGCGGAGAAGUAUAUCUAG